AUUCAGUCUCAUUUUAACAACGGCAUAGAGUGAAAGCGAAAACGGAGUGAUUGACCACAAAGUGAUGGAAGUGUUUUAAUAGAACAAAAAAUAUUACAAAUAAAUAAAACAUUUAAGGAAUGAAAAAAAAAAACAUGAAAUAAUUAAAGAAGAUAAAGCAACAAAGUGAAACAAGAAAAUCUAAAAAACUAUAUAGAUUACGGUACUUUUCUCCAAUAAAAAUACAAUACUUCUUCUGUGAGUCGCCAUAUUUUUUCUCUGUCUGGCUUGUGUGUGGAAGAAAAAAGAAAUAUUCGGCGGAGAAGAAGAAGACAUGAAAUAGACCAACAAGCUCACACAGACACACACGUAUGCAUUCGUUGGUGAAGAAGUGAAAAGGCAUACAAAGACCGACUGUCGAACGAGAUAAAAAACGAGGUCUGCUGCAAAUGUUCGUUCGUUUCAUUCGUACGAAUGUGUGUGCUGCUGAAAGGCUGCCAUUCUAAACAACGUAGAAGAGCAGUAUCAGAAGUUUUGUGAAAAGAAAAAUUCUAUUCAAAAAAAGAAGAAAAAAAAAAUUAUUGUGCAUCUCAUGUCUGUGGUAUUCUAAAACUUUUGUUAGAAAAAGAAACAAACAAUAAUAAACCCAUUGAUGUGAGAAAAGAAAAAGGGAAAAACAAACAACAAAAAGAAAUUUCAAAACAUAAACACCGGAGACAAUUUGUGAAACGCCAGUAGCAGAAAACUAAAGGAAUUUCGUUUGAAAUUUCUAUAGAAAAUUUUGUGGAAUUUGUUGCUAUUGUCUGGCUUUGCUUGGCCGUCUUGUUGGGGAGGCUGUCGUGUGUAUUGCAUAAAUCAAAGAUUUCCCUUUUACAUCUUUGAGAUCUCCAAAUGAUGGAAGAUCUAACAAAAAAUAUAAUAUUUACCAAUGCUCUUGGAGCAAAUGUACAACCAACCAUACAAUAUCAGACAGCGGAUGGAACCAUACUCAAGCAACCAAAAAUUGAGGGACAAAAGGAUCAGCCCACAUUCUAUUAUACCACAACCAAUGGUAAUGGUGCCACUGUAAACUUGGCCCAACUGACCACGGACGACAACAAAACCUGUUACAUAGCCCAACCUGUGGGUGGUUAUAACUACGCCUUGGUUAAUGGUAUGCAAUUGAAUCAAUUAAAUCAGGGUGGUACAAUCGGUAUAGCAACACUGGAUCCCCAGGGACGUUUGCAAAUAGUAAAUCAAAAUAAACCACUAGCGGCGUCUCUUCAGACCAUCUCGCCCAUACAGAACACAAUUUCAAACAUAAGUUUUAAGUGCGACGUCUGUGGCUUAAUGUUUUCCCACUUGGCCUUGCUGAAUCAUCACAAACGAACCCAUGCCCAAGAUGGUAGCGAUCAACAGCAUCAAGGUCAAACGGAUGCAUUACAAUUGGUAAAUGCCCAGGGAUUGGUACAGGCACAAAAUAUCAUUGCCGAAAAUGGUCAAAUGGGACAGAUACAAAUUGUAGCCACAGAGUCUUUAGAACCGGCCAAUGCAGUAUUGCAGCAGCAAACAGCCCAACUACAGCAACAUCAGCAGCAAUCACAACAGCAACAACAAAAUUCCAACGAAGCUUUAACGCAGAACUCCGGAAAAAAUAUAAAAUUGGAACAAAGCAAAUGUACCACCUGCGGCAGUCAAAUUCUACAACCCUUGAAACGUAAAGGAUCUAAAAUAACGCGAUGUGAUACCUGUCUACAAAACGAGCAAGCUCAACAGCAAGCUGCAGCCCUGGCAGCCGCACAACAAGGUCAGCCAACACAAAUAUUUGUAGCCCCGGAUGGUGAGAUCAAAUUUGGUAUGAAUGAAUUGGCUAGUGGAAAUUCUGAAUCCUCCAUGGAUUCCUUAAGUGGUGGUGGUGGUGGAGGCGGCACGACCAUGAUCCAGCAGCCGGUACAAAUCAUCUCUACAAAUGCCCAAGGACAACAACAAAUACAAGUUGUUACAACGCAACAACCUGCGCCCAAUACAAAUUCAUCGACGGCGAAUGUCACUGUGAAACGUGAAGGUUGUACAGCCAAAAGGAAAUGUUCCUCGGCCAAGGUGACCAAAUGCAACAAAUGCAAUGGUUCGGGUAUGGUGUAUGUGGGCACGGGAGCACCUGCUUCGAAACAGAAUAACAUCCAGGCGGCUGUUGCCUCCAUUAAGACAGAAAAUGUCAAGCCCUUCACCUGCAAUAUUUGUGGAGGAACCUUUUCGCGAUACUCAAGUCUUUGGUCCCACAAAAAGCUGCACAGUGGCGAAAAGAAUUACAAGUGUACCAUUUGUGGACUGGCCUUUGCCAAGGCAGUUUAUUUGAAAAAUCAUGCCCGCAUACAUACAGGAGAAAAGCCCUACAAAUGUCAAACCUGUGGCAUGCAGUUCUCGCAAUCACCCCAUCUCAAAAAUCAUGAACGUACCCACAGCGGAGAACGACCCUAUGUCUGUGAGGUUUGUGACAAAGGUUUUGCCCGCCAUGCCACCCUGUGGAAUCAUCGCCGUAUUCACACUGGUGAAAAACCAUAUAAAUGUGAUAUUUGCGGUACGGCAUUCUCACAGGCGGCUCAUCUCAAAAAUCAUGCCAAGGUUCAUUCGGGUGAAAAACCAUUUAAAUGUGAUAUCUGCUUAGCUGCCUUUGCCGAUCGUUUUGCCCUGAAACGACAUCGUGGCAUUCAUGAGAAAUAUGGUCAAACAGCACCACGGCAACCGGCACAAGUGCCCGGCUCACAGCAACAGCAUAAUUCCUCCGAUCAAAUGAUACACAAACAGGAGAUGCCCGAUAUGGAUGAUGAUGCUCAACAUGAGGUGGUUAUAACUGGUUUAUAGACAAACCCAAAUAGAGGUAGAGGAGUCAGCGGGGCAGCAACAGGACCAGCCAGCAACAACAAUAACAACAACAGCAACAGUGGCAGUUUAUAUACAACAUAUCAACAACAUCAUCAACAACAUGGGGAGCAAUCGUCGUAUAGGACCAAUAAUUCAUCCACUACAUCAUCAACCCUAGUCUCAUCAGCUUCCACGGCUCAGUCAGUGGCAUCAUCGGCAACUUUACACCCGCCACCACCCCCAAGUGCUUCAUCGUAUUUACAUCACCAUCAUAGCUAUCAAACAUCGCUAACCCAGGCUGCUCAUGCCCAACCACCAGCGCAUUCUACAGCUCCAUUUUACUAUCAUCACCACCAUCAUCAUCACCACAUGAAUUCCAAUUUAGCCAAUAUAACUGAAGUAAUAGCCAUUAAUUCGGGACAUGUUAGUACUCUACUGACACCGCUAUCGAAACGGUAAUUGGUGGGCAGAGCGGUACGGCGGCUGUGCGAUGAGUUUGAAAUUACAAAAGCAAAUAAUGGAGAUUCCUGCCUCCCCAGAUGUGUGAAAGUGGUCAUUGUUGUCUUUCUUUAUUCAAAAUGAAAUUGGUGCUGUAUUUUCUUUUUCCAAAUAUUUCCCAUUUAAAGGAUUUGGUGUAAUUUAAGUGUAUAUAGAAAACUGAAUCUGUCGAAGAUUUGUCUACAACUACUCUUUUUGAAUUACUUAAGAUAGCCUAUUAUUUUUUAGCAAACCUAUUAUAACGAUAAUAGGCAAUCUUCCCAUUUUCGUUUUAUUAAUAGAGCUUAGCUUUUUUGUGUUUUCGAAAGCAAAUUUUCGAAUUGUUUCCCUAAUUGAAAGCUUUUAUUUUUUAUUUUAAGCCGCAAAACAACAAAACUGGUUGCAUGACAACAUAAAAACUAUUAAAAACAAAAAAACGUGUAUACAUUCACCUACACUUUUUACAAAUGAAUGGCAAUUCAUAACACCUUACAAAAAAAAACUUAGUUACAACAAAUAACUAUUAAAUAAUAGUAAUAAUUAUUAUUACAAUAGAUCAUAAGCAUAUGUCAUGAAUAACUUCAAUUACAUAAAUUAAAAAACAACAUUUCUUUGUACAUAAAAUAUAAAAUAAUUUUUCCUCUUUUUCUCCAAUAAUAUAUAAUAAAAAAUAUUUAAAAAAUAGAAAUUUUCUUAGAAAAAUGAAAUGAUUUUUUUCCCCGAUAGCUAAAGUUUUGUUUCUCUUUAGUUGUGAAGUAUUAAUGCCAACCAAGUUUUUUUUUUUUUUUUUAAUCAAUCUCCUUUCGUCGGAACUACUUCCAUUUAUGUAACUUAGAUGGAAUUAAACAAUUUUUGCUUAGAAGAAAAAAAAAACAAAGCAAUAAUAUUUGUACGUACUAAAUAUUAGUUUGUUAAUCUAAAAUACAAAAAAAAAAAAAGAAAGAGAAGCUAGUAAAUUACUUAACUUAAAUAUGUAUGAAAACUAAUACAAAAUAUUUUAUAAAUUAAUAUAAGCAACGAUUUUUUGUAUAACAAUACUUAUUUAUAAUAUAAAUUAAAAACAUAUUUGCCAACAAAAAAAAAAAA